UUGUAUAUGGCAUGUGUACGCUUUCCAAUACUAUUUGUAUCAAUUAUCGAAUACGGUCACACCACAGUCGCAUAACUUACCUAACAUGUUGCAAGGUUUACUGCAGAGAACUUGUGUGUCGGCACUGAACACAGCCCAAACAUUGUUUGUGCGCCAGAAACAUGCCUUUGACCGCGCCGUGCUGAAGCCGAAAGUGCGCUGCCAUUUCCCAAAGCCGCGCGAAGUAAAGCGCAUCAACGUCCACGGAUGGGACGCGCGAAUGUCAACACCAGAAGGCAGACGAGUAUUAAUGCGGCGCAUACUGAAGGGCAGACACGACCUCUCCCAUUAGACUAGGCAAUCAAAUCAAUACAAUACAUUUAACAGUUCACAGUUAAUACAUUUUCAAUUGCUUUUACAA